CUUUUCUUCUCGGCUUCAUAAAUUACUUAUUAUAAUAAGUAAAUAAAAUGUUUUUAAGUUUUCCUAGGGUUUAAAUUCAUCAUCUCCCUCGUCCAACUGGAAAACAAGUAACUUGUAAAGCAGCAUCAGUCAGUAAUUCAAAGUAUAUUGCAACAGAAGUAAAAGGAAAGGAGAAUCAUGCUGUAUAUAAUAGGACUGGGACUUGGAGAUGAUAAAGAUAUAACUUUGAAAGGACUUGAAGCAGUUAAAAAAUGCAGCAAAGUGUAUAUGGAAGCUUACACUUCACUUCUCUCUUUUGGUCUUUCAUCCAAUGGCCUUUCCAAUUUGGAAAAUCUGUAUGGAAGAUCAAUUACACUUGCAGAUAGGGAAAUGGUAGAGGAAAAAGCUGAUGAGAUUCUUAAUGAAGCUAAAUCUUCUGAUGUGGCUUUUCUUGUUGUUGGUGACCCUUUUGGUGCCACAACCCACACUGAUCUUGUUGUCCGAGCUAAGAAACUGGAUGUGGAUGUUAAGGUGAUACACAAUGCGUCUGUGAUGAAUGCUGUUGGAGUGUGUGGCCUACAGCUCUACCAUUAUGGAGAGACGGUUUCCAUACCAUUCUUCACUGAGACCUGGAGGCCUGAUAGUUUCUAUGAGAAGAUCAGAGAAAACCGAAAGCUUGGACUACACACACUCUGCUUGUUAGACAUACGAGUGAAAGAACCCACCAUUGAGUCUCUUUGCAGAGGGAAGAAGCAGUAUGAACCACCAAGGUUUAUGACAGUCAACACUGCAAUCGAGCAGCUCUUAGAGGUUGAAGAAGCCCGUGGAGAAUCUGUAUACGGUGAAAAUACAAUUUGCGUUGGUUUUGCGCGGCUGGGGAGUGAAGACCAGAAGGUGGUUGCUGGUUCAAUGAAGCAACUUCUAACAAUUGACUUUGGUCCUCCAUUGCAUUGCCUAGUCAUUGUUGGCAAAACACAUCCUGUUGAAGAAGAAAUGCUGGAAUUUUAUGGGCUUUAGAAAACAUAUCACAGGGAUUGCAAUAGCAAAAGUUAGCAAAUGUUGUAUUCGUGUGUUGCCUUUUGUACCAUUCCAUUCUUUUUGGUGACUAUUUAUUUAGGCACUAGAUGAGUAUGAUAAUAUAUAUUUUGCUUCAACUCUUUCCAUUUUCAAGUGACUUUUAACAUAUAUUUUUAGAAUUCUUGUAUUUAAAAUUGUUGGUUAUUUUUCACUAGUAUUUGUAUGACAACAA